GUACAUUUCCCCUCUGUGUUCAGUGGCACCUCACAACCACCCCCCUCCUCUCAGCAAAAGGCAAAUCUCCGAUAAAGUAAUGGCAAAAGCACUUGGACUAUAAAAGACAACAAAUCAUUUUCCUCCGGAGUGCGCCCCGUUGUCCACCCAAUGAGUUCCUAUUUUGUCAACUCAACUUUCCCCGUGUCUCUAUCGGGAGGACAGGACUCUCUCCUGGGCCAGAUCCCCCUCUACACGUCGGGAUACAGCGACCCGCUGAGGCACUACUCCGGCGCGGCCACCUAUGGAGGCGCCGCAGCCGCGGCCGCUGCCGCCGUGCAGGACAAGGUCUACCCGGCCUCCUACUACCAGCAGACGGCCAUCUACGGCCGGGCCGCCGGCGGGGGUGCGUGCGACUUCAACCCGGCGGGGGGGUUCUAUAAGGACGCCGAGGGGUCGUGCGCCUUCUCCGGUCGCGACGACGCGCCGCAGCCGCCGCCGCUUUUUGGAGCUCAGGAGCACGGGCAGCGCAAAGGCGAGUGCUUGGGGGAUCAGGGCGCGGGCAUGAGCGUGGACGACAAGUCCUCCGCGCUCAUCUACCCGUGGAUGCAGAGGAUGAACGCCUGCUCGGUCGGCCCGUUCGGCACCAGCGGUCGCAGGGGCCGCCAGACGUACACCCGCUACCAGACGCUGGAGCUGGAGAAGGAGUUCCACUUCAACCGCUACCUGACGCGCAGGCGCCGGAUAGAGAUCUCGCACGCGCUGUGCCUGACCGAGAGACAGAUCAAAAUCUGGUUCCAGAACCGCAGGAUGAAGUGGAAGAAGGAGAACAAGCUUCUCAACCCGCCAAAGACGCCCGAUGAGGAGGAGGAGGAGCAGGCGGAGAAGAAGAGUUAAAAAAAAGGACACUCGACGUGUACAAAACAUGCUGUAGAUAUUAUUCAUGUGUGGCGUGCUAUCUCCUAGAGCUGCUUUUAGAUCUCUCUCUUUGUGCUGUGUCUUGAUUUAGAGACUAUGCAAACAUGUACAGAAAUUUGUAGUGCUUUUGGACCAUGUCGUUCCUCGUAUACGUCCUGUUGUAGGCCUCUGUGUUGUACUUGUUCUUCCAGCUUGUACAUAAAAUGUCCGCUUUAAAUAUCACGAUGUCAUUAUUUAUUGCUGUAACGUGUUUGAUGCAAUAUUUUGUUCAGGAAAAAAUGUAUAUAGAAAAUAA